GAGUGCGAUUGCUGCAUAUACAUAUACAGUCGGCAUGUGUGAAACGGAUAAAGGGUAUUAAACUUCAAUAAAAGGUUAUCACACAUAGUUGAUAGCUUAUCAUGUUCUGAUAGGAUUAUAUGUAGGAGUAUGAUUUUCCAGGAAUAUCCCGAAUAUCAGUCUAAACUAAAUUACUUUGGAAACAUAUUAAUCCUAACUGUACUCGCAAUCAACUAUUUCUAUUACCAUAGUGGGUCACAUUUGUUUAAAUGAUUUUUAUGAUUGAAGAACAUUUGCUAUUUGUCGGCCCAAAAGGUUAACUCAGUCAAAAUUAGAGAGGAUGUAGUUCAAUGCCAACUAUGAAUUACAUUUUGCCGAUUCGUCAACACGAUUUUUUGGCCCGCUAAAACCUCAACCACGAAUCUUGAAAGUGCAAUUUGAAGCUUCCCCUUUGAAGCCAUAAACUAAUGGUGUAUUUGGUUCGUGAUUAGAAAAUUAGAAAAGGUAUUGCUUACAAGAUACAGAGCUGAUUUGAUCGAUCCAUCGGGAGUUUUUAAAUGAAAAGUAUCACCUUUUAUCUAGGCAUUAACCUUGCUAAUUCAGAUUUUAAGCUGCAUAAGAGAACAUGUGGCACUUUAAAAUCAAUGUUACGUUAUCAGUACAGCACUUGACCUUUCAGUAGUACUACAAACAGCUCAUACUUGAAAUAAACUUGAAUCCAUCUUUAAACUGUUAUGUUGGCAGAGCAUUAAUUAGAAGAUAAGAUAAAUACAAAAAGCAGCACCCGGCCCGUUGCACGUCCCGUAUCUCGUACGCGAUUGACAUAAGAGACACAAAGAAGAGCGGACGUGUUUUUGUAUUUUAUGAAUAAUGGAAACCUACAUUCCAAAAUACGGUUUAAAAUUGAAUUUGGAUCAUAAAUAUCUGGAAAACUGGCCUCAGCCUUGUAUAUCGAGAUGGAAACACUUUUUGACACUCUUACCUGUGCUUUUCAGGUAUCUACUUGCUUAUAUUUCAUCAAAAAUUUUUGGUCAUUGUAUUGUAAUGGAUUGCAUGCAGAUUGUAAGGAGUAAACGAAUCUAUGGGGUCCCGAUAGGUGGCAUUGGUUGCACUAUAGGCAGGGGGUUUCGUGGUGAAUUUUGCAGAUAUCAACUAAAACCUGGAAAUUGCAAAUAUUCAACGGUGGAAGCUAAUGAAUUUAUUGUUACAAUAAAAGAUUCUUCUAGUGUAACAAUUUUUCAAAGUACUCUUUCUACUUACAGGUAUAUACUUCAUGAGGUUACAUCUGCGAUUUUUAGUCCCUCUAUUGUAAUGGAUUACAUUAAACUUGGUAGGACCGAGCAAAUAUAUGGAGUGCCAAUAGGUGGCAUUGGUUGUACUAUAGGUAGAGGGUGCCGUGGGGAAUUUUGCAGGUAUCAAUUGAAACCUGGAAAAUGUAGUUAUACAACGGUGGAAGCUAAUGAAUUUAUUGUUACAAUUAAAGACGCUGACAAUAUAACACUUUUUCAGAGUGUUUUAUCUACUUACAAGAGGAGCAACAAAAUUCUAAGCUCUUGGAAGCAGAGGUUGGAUGCAAGUAAAUGCAAGUACACUGGCUUGUACCCCAGAGCAUGGACGGAAUAUGAUCUUUCUGAUUAUGGGAUAAAACUAAUCUGCCGACAAGUUAGUCCUGUCAUUCCUCAUAAUUAUAAGGACAGUUCGCUACCAUGUGCCGUGUUUAUUUGGAACAUAGAAAACAUAUCUAAUGAAGAAAGGAAGGUAACAAUCGCUUUUACAUUUAAAAAUGGAAUGAGCGAUUUAACAAGUAAAUCAACACCUUGCAGUACACAGAGCUUUUCGUACUUGGAUUCUAGUGGAGUAACGUUACGUAACUACAUAGAAAAAAUGCCAUGCACCUAUGCGCUCGCAGCGAAACUAAAGGACAAUAUGAACGUAUCGAAAUGUUUAUACUUCAAUCCCACUUCUGAUGGCGCUGAGCCAUGGAAUCAGUUAUACGAUGAUGGAAAUUUUAGCGAUUUGACUAAAACGGAAACGGACGAAGUGUACGAUGAAGUGGGAUGCGGGAUUGCUGUUCAGGUGAAGGUAGCGCCGGGUGCGGUGGAGGAGCCCGAAAUGUGCUUGGUGUGGGACAUGCCGAUUGUCAGUUUUCCUGAAGGUGUCACGAAAUACAAUAAAUUUUAUACCAAAUAUUUUGGCGUCGAGAAGGCGGCUUUGAAAAUUGUGAAUCACGCGUUAAGAAAUUACAAAGAUUGGGAAUUGGCGAUUUACAAAUGGCAGGAGCCCGUUUUGAACGAUGCUGAAUUGCCAGAUUGGUAUAAAGCUGCUUUGUUUAAUGAAACUUAUUUCAUUUCUGAUGGUGGUACUGUAUGGUUCACGUUAGGCGAGGAAGAGUCCGAGAGAUUACCCGUUACGGAUCCCAGGCAGAAGUAUGGCCGAUUUGGUUACUUGGAAGGGCAUGAAUACCGGAUGUAUAACACUUACGAUGUGCACUUUUACGCCUCUUUUGCUCUCGCAAUGAAUUGGCCUAACUUGCAGAAGAGCAUGCAGUAUGAUUUUAAAGAUUAUGUUUUCUUAGAAGAUCAUCACCGCCAGCGGAUGUGGUACGAUGGAAAAUUCGCCCAAAGAAAGAUAAAAAAUUCGGUUCCUCACGAUUCUGGCGAUUCAAACGGAGAUCCUUUUGUUCUCAUAAACGUUUAUCCCGUUCAUGAUGUUAGUGAAUGGAAAGACUUGAAUUCGAAAUUUGUACUCCAAGCACUUCGUGAUUACAAGCUAACCAUGAAGUUUGAAGAUGGGAGUUUUGGAAAACAAUAUUUAGAGGAUAUGUACAAAGCUUGCCACGUCGUCAUGCAGAAGUCGAUGACUUUUGAUACGGAUCACGAUGGCCUAAUCGAAAAUAGUGGUUUUCCAGAUCAAACUUAUGACGCUUGGAUUAUGACGGGAUCAAGUGCGUAUUGUGGAGGUUUAUGGCUUGCAGCCUUAUAUGCGAUGGUUGUUAUUGCUAGAGAAUUAAAUAAAAAUGAAGAUGAAAAUAUGUACGCUGGAAUUUUGGAAAAGGCAAAGACUGCAUUUGAAGACAAGUUAUGGAAUGGAAAGUUUUACAACUUCGACUGUUCAAAGCUGGCCUCUUCCGUAAUGGCGGAUCAACUUUGCGGCCAUUGGUAUUUACGAUGUAGCGGAUUUGAAUACGAGGUGUUCCCUAAGAGCAAUGUAGAGAGUGCACUAAACACUAUUUUCGAAAAUAACGUGAUGAGGUACAAAAAUGGUACAAGUGGAGCGGUAAAUGGUUACAUAUUUGAGAAAGAAAUUGAUACGACCGCACUGCAGAGUGAAGAAGUUUGGACCGGUGUCACGUAUUCGCUGGCGUCGUGUAUGAUAUAUGAGAAUUUAAAUUCAAAAGCGUGGAAAACCAUCGGUGGUAUGGUGAAUUUGUUAACAAACCGUAUUGGAUUGGCAUUUGAAACGCCUGAAGCUCUUGGUUUUAAGCACUACCGUUCGGUCGGAUACAUGCGACCUUUAAGUAUAUGGGCUGUUCAGCUGGCGUGGGAGUCUCAAAGAAAGAAUUCUGCACUGAAACCCACGUUUCCGAUAGAAGAUAUGGUUGAAAAACCUGCGUAAUUUUUAAUAAAGAUAGAUACCUACAGUUUCACCAAUGGUGAGCCCUGCAUCACUAGACUGUGAACCAGUUUCCAACUAUUUAGUUACCAUCUCAUUCUAGCUUGACACGUGAUAGAGAAUUUACUCAUUUGAAAUUGGAUCACAAACUAGUGACGCAGGGAUCACCUUUCGUGAAUUCAACUGUACCAAACUAACAGCAAGUAUUCUAUUUCUAGCCGUUAAAACAAUAAACCUUAAUGUUAGUGAUACAUUUUUCACAGUGAUCCUGUGGAUUUAGUUUUAACCAUUAAAUUAAACACAGUCACAUUGUAAGCCGAGUCUAGCCUAGCUCGUUUAAUAAUUUGACUAGCAGUAUGUUUGCAUAUUCUUCAUUUGUGAAAACUAAAAUGACACCAAUU